CGCGUGGUCGUCCCCACCGAGUCGGUCUCGGCUCAUCUGGGCGACACGGCUCUGCUGCGCUGCGAGGUGACGGGCGAGCCCAUGCCCGUGGUGCGCUGGCAGAAGAACAGGGAGGACCUGCCCUUGACCUUUGACCCUGACAGCAGGGUGCUCAUCCUGCCCUCCGGAUCUCUGCAGGUCAGCAGGGUUCAGCCGCCGGACUCAGCCACAUACCGCUGCUUAGCAGAGAACCCCGGCAGCUCUCGCACCGGCACAGACGCAGACCUGCGCGUCCUCCCGGAGCCCGGAGUAGCACGAGCGCUGAAGUUCCUCCAGAGGCCUCAGAAGGUCACGGCUCUACAGGGCAGAGAUGCGGUUCUAGAAUGUUCCGCCUCCGGCUAUCCCACCCCAUCCUUCUACUGGAUGAGAGGAGAAGAGAUGAUCCAGAGCAGAUCAAAGAAGUACUCUCUCCUGAGCGCCAGCAACCUUCUGAUCAGCAGCGUCACAGACGACGACUCGGGAACGUACAGCUGCGUCGCUCACAACAAACAGCAGAACAUCUCCGCGUCCUGCCAGCUCUCCGUGCUCGGUGGGUUUAUUCCUCAGCUCGUCACAAAACACUGA